GCCGGUAUUAAUUAUACCGGAUUCGAACUUAGUAAUUCCGUUACCGUUUUUAGGGCGGGUCUUAUUAAAUUAUUAUCUACUUACUUAGCUAUUUUAUAUAGAGUAUUUAAGGUCUACGUCGUUAACUAUAUAAAAGAACGCCUUAUUCUUACUAUUUCUAUCGGCGCUAUCCUAAUUAACUUUAUUAAUAAAAACCCUAUUACUUAA